CUGGAUUAUCAGGAACUGAACACCGGUAGCUGCUGUGUGAACACGGGGGUAAAUAUCACACUGUGGGUCGUAUAAGUUAUGUGUUGCUGAUUAUUGCCACGGUUGUGGCCUAAACACAGCUUCUGUACGCAGGGAAGUAACCUGGGACUAUGAACAAUGGCUCUGCCUAUCCACUUCGUGGUUGACCCUCAGGGAUGGUGCUGUGUGGGAGUUAUCUUUUUUAUUUGGCUUUACAACACUUUAUUUGUUCCAAGACUCAUCCUCUUCCCUCGUUUUGAUGAGGGAGACGUUUCAGCUUUUGUGAUAUGGAUGUACUAUUUGGCUUCAUUCUUUUGUGUGCUGUCACUUCUACGAGCCUCAACCGCUGACCCUGGCAAACUAAAGGAAAGCCCAAAGGACACCCUAACAGAUAGAGAAAAUUGGGAAUUAUGUAACAAGUGCAAUAUGAUGAGGCCAAAACGCUCACAUCACUGCAGUCGGUGCGGCCACUGUGUCAGAAGAAUGGAUCACCACUGUCCAUGGAUAAACAACUGUGUUGGUGAAGACAAUCACUGGCUCUUUCUGCAGCUCUGCUUCUACACGCAGCUACUCAGCGGCUACACACUGGUUCUAGAUUUCUGCCACUAUUAUUACUUCCUACCACUGAAAAGUCUUAAUUGGGAUAUUUUUGUGUUUCGUCAUGAACUGGCCUUGCUGCGGUUAUCUACGUUUAUGGGUAUCCUUAUGUUCGGUGGUAUGUGCAGUCUUUUCUACACACAAAUCAUGGGUAUAUUGACGGAUACAACAACAAUAGAGAAAAUGGCAAAUUGCUGUGAAGAAACAUCGAGAGCGAGAAAACCAUGGCAGCAGACCUUCUCAGAAGUUUUUGGCACUCGCUGGAAGAUCCUGUGGUUCAUUCCUUUCAGGCGGAGGCGACCACUGCGAGUCUCCUACUACUUUGCCAAUCAUGUCUAAACAGAUGGAUGGUGGGUACAGAUGGGUCUGCCAUGCUGGAAGCAAGUUACAGGUUUUAUCAUAACAGAGCUAUGACAGUCUUCAUGUCAAUUAUAAUCCACCCACCAAUCUUAGACAUCACAAAGUGCCCCAGGCUUUAUUUUAAUAGUGAUCUCAGUGCUGUUGUGGGAACAGUACACGAUAUGUAUUUAUAUGUUGAAGGUUCUAUUCUUUUAAGUUUAUUUUUUCCCCUCAGGAUACAUGAACUCCCUCAGGCUAAGAACUCAAAGUAUAGUUUAAGUUUUUUGGAAUGAUAAAGUUUUAAAUUGGGUUGUGUUCUUGUUUUUUUUUUUUUGGUUUUUUUUUUUCUUAAUUUCCCUUCAUCUCUUAACAGUGCACUGACAUUUUUUUAAGAUGUGUAAUUUUGUUUACUUUUUAAAAAUUUUAAUGGUUUUUUUUUUUCAAUUUUUUUUUUUUCACGGACAAUAUAGUAUUUAUUUUUUAUACAAG